AUGCCCACUCCUCAUAAUGCAGAGAGGGUUGUUGCGGCCAAUCGCGAUGCUGCCCGCCCUCCUGCGGUGCCGUCGCUUCCCCUCUCCGGCACGAAGAGCAGACCGAAGCCGAUGGGCGGUGAGGAAGCCACAGGACCAUCGACAGAGGGUCGCCAGCAAUACGCGCGCUUCGCUAGCUACGUUAGCGAGGCCGAAGCGCGUCGCGAACAUGCCGCGCAGAUGAAAGCGCAUAUCGCUGAGAAGGCGAAGGGCGCUACCGGCGUUGAAGGCGCCGAACACCUGCGAACCAUCGCCGAUGGACUCGCGAAGGUCGUGGACCCGAACAUCGACGUGUUCCAGGGCGCCAUGUACCCUCCGGGUGACUAUGCGCUUGACGCAGUCACGAACCGAUUGGCCCAGGGACGACGUCGGGUUGAGUCCAAUAGCACCCUCAUCCGGGAGAUGGCCAGCGAUCGAUUUACGCCUGUGCUCAUCAACCGUGAUACGGGUGAGACUGUGUCGGCCAUCGAUGCACGAUGGACCCCUGAGUAUGGAAACAGGGGGGAGCUUGAAGCCAAGGUUGGUGCGAUUAUCUCCAACCUCGAUGCCGCGCUGGCGAGCAUGUCGACCCUCCCUGUGUUUCAUCCGCACAUCCCUUCGACGUAUGGUAUGGCUCGAUCAUUGCUCAACACAUACCAAUCGUUGCAAAUUGCUAUCCGACACCGCGGCAUGGGCGCAAUGUCUUUCGAGCAAAUGGUGUUCAAACCAGAGGACCUUGAGGCUCCGACUCCCGAUGAUUGGCCAGACCUCAUUGCGCCUACCCCUGGGAAGGUUAUUCAGUCCAUGCGUGUCGCUCUGGUGAACAACACUGCAGCGAGGCUGACGAGAGAAGACCUCAAGCUGCCACCGGGCUACACUAUGCAGCGUCGGGUGACCCAAUUCCGAAAGCCCGAUGAAGACCCAGUGCAGAGCCUAAUGGGAAAGGAUGGUGACGAUGAUGAAAUGAAGGAUGAUACGGCCGAUCAGAAGCCCGAUGAGGAUGAGAAGAUGGGUGAUGGAAGGGAGCCAGCUGACGAGGUCCCCGGCAAGACCCCGCCGCAGGCUGCCCGAACCGUCGAGAACCGUCCGGAACACGGCGUGCGUUCCAGUCAUCCGACUGACAUGACAGCUCAGGGAGCUGUGCUCUCUGGAGCUCGUGGGCCUGUGGUCGAUAUCGAUCCAGCCAGCACGGCGGCCGAUCAGGCUGCAAACGAUCCGAGAAACUGCCGGAUACUUGUGGCACUUCACAAGAAGCCCGAGGAGGGGGAUUACGAUUCGCCCCUCCGGCCGGAGACCUAUGAGGAGUGCCGUGACAUCAACGAUGCUGUCAGGGCUUAUAAUGCCCGAGAAGAGCGAAUUCGCUCUAUCGGUGGGACGUCGAUCACGUGCAGCCGAUUGCUUAUCGAUGAUGCACAGAAGAUUCCCGCUGCGGCUAUUCCAGAUGAGGCGAUGACCAAUCUGGUGCGUAAGCUGAUGUUCCGAGUGCUCACACAGACCAAGGAGUACCCUUCCAAUGCCGAUCAAUCGAAGAAGGGUUCCGAUGACCGUGUGAGGGGCAUUCCAUUGUACUCGUACCUCGAUUCAAGUGGGAUCAUCGCGUUCAACAUCAUUCCGAUGUACAUGCGAGAGUACAUGAAGGCCAAAGCUGGAGAGACCAGCGGCCGAAUUCUUCUCCAGACCGAGAUCCUGGAUGAGAAUGACGAGCCGACAGAGCUCACGCUCCAAUGCAUCAUGGAGAUUGCUAGGACGGACAACAAUCGAAUGUUUGAGUUCUUCUAUUCCACGAUAAACAGUGAUGGAAGUCCUCAGUUCGUUGGGGUCCGUGCGGCAUACGGAUUCGGUCCCGAUGCAUUCAACCGUUUCCGACAGCUGACCAAGUCCCAGCACGGGCCAUUCAUUCAGCUUGUGCAAGAGCUCUACAUCGCUAAUGAGCGAAAAAGGAGCGUGUCCCGACAUCACCCCCAAUACGGGUGGGGCUGCGCAACGAUCCGCGAGUUCUUCGGGUACAUGAGCGAUUGCCAAGUUGGGCCCGCGAAGGGACAGCUGUUCCUCACCCUGCUCCCGUUUGCUCCCGGAUCUGGGAAGAACAAUGAGUGGGAAGAGGUAUACAUGAAUGUCCGAAUGAAUCCGAAACGAGAGACACUGUCGAACACAGCGGCAUCGAGCUCCCUGCUCCCUGAAGGAAUGGGGUCCAACCGCAUGAUUGUGUUCGCGAUUGACUUGCACAUGAUUGCUGCAGGUAUCAAUCCAGUGUCCUUUCACCCGAGGGGUUACUAUGCGAUCAAAGACAGUAUCCCUCUCGCAUGCAUGCCAAUUGCAUACUUUAUGGACACGGGAUCGCUAGUGUUCAACACGGCCUUCAAAUACAUCGGAGGUCCGAAGUUUGGCACCGGCCCUGCGCGAGGCAAACACAACCGAGAAACGUGGCCUCUCGCAAGCUUUGACUGCCCCAUGUGCGGAUCCGCCUUUCCGGUUGGUCUCCACAUGUGCCAUGCAUGCACAAAGCCGAUUCACUAUCCUGAUGGGAUGUUCUACGCCGAUCCAGAGAACCCCUUUCAGGUCGAAUACUACGGCAGUCAUGCUCCGUGGCUUAACGAGCUCAUUGAGAGAAACAAGCUUGCGGAUUUCGCGCUUCACGAGUACGCUGCGAUCAAGCAACUGAGGAACUUCCCGGUGUCCAGAUCUCUUGCUGAGGAUCACCGACAGACCGCGUUCUUCGGGGUGCCACCGAUUAAGUGUAUCGCUGCUGAUACAUCGCCGAAAGAGGUUGAACUGUUCAAGAAGAGUGUGCGCGGAACGAUUCAGGGCGCCAUUCACUUGGAUAUUUCCAUUGAGAGGCUUGUGGCCGGUAUUACGGGAAAAGAGGCCCGAUGUGGUGUGGAAGAUUUCUUCGAAUCACGGUCGAUCUCAUGUGCUACUACGAUUGUCAAGCACUUCGGAGCAGUCUUCGCCACAUGCCGGGAGAAGCCACUAUGCUUCUAUGCGCGAUGGUCGAUUCACUGCCAGCGUGCGUACAGGCUUUGCUUGAGUCGCGGGUACCUCGCCCCCUUUUACACUGGGGAAACGAUCAACUACACUGUCGAUCCCGAGAUGCUCGAGAAAAUCCGACUGACUCAUCUACCGCUUCAGAACGCCAAUCUGGAGAUGAGGAGACACGUUCGACUUUCUACCGAGUUUGGCGCACUGGAUGAAUUUCGUGCCAAGAUCACAGACACGCGCAAGUACCAACGGUACAUGCGUGUUGAUAGUGAAAGCCUAUCGGCACUCCUCGCCAAGGUUACCCUUACGACUUGCUACGGCAUCCCCAUAAAAGGGGAACCAGGGUAUAUCUCCGACGAUGAGAACGAGGAGAUUGAAGGUGCUGCCGAUGCGACAGGAGAACCCAAAGGGAAAGGAAAAGGGGAUGAGAUCAUCAGCGCCCAGGCCGUCAACUGGCGGGAACUGGAUCCUUUGGGGCGAAAGUUCAUCCCGCAUCAUUCCGAUCCCCGAUUUGCGGUUAUCGAUGAAGGCAAAACCGCAGAUCUUGAUGGUCCUGAAACGCCCGAUAAGAAGCGUGAGGACUUCAAGGAGUUCGUCCGAGACCACGCGUACAAGCUGAAGCAGAUUCUCGAUGAAGAUAAAGACAUUGAGAAGACAUUCUUCGGUCUUGUCGAAGGCGUGAAGGAUCAGCUCCCGGAUGCUAAGAGCACUGAUCCAGUCUCGAUGAAGGUGACGCCUGACGUCUUCGAGGCUUUGCCAGAUGAGUUGGAGGAGCCUUAUAAUGUGUUCGACGUUGCAGGUCGAAUGAGAAGGCGGCGCGGAGAAACACCUCAGCGUCGUGUGCAGACCACCGCGCAAAGGGAAGCAACGAUACCAGAAGCUCACACCAUCCCCGUGCCCACGGAGGACGAAGAUGAAGAUGACAGUGAGCUGGACAGGGUGGCCCACACAGCACCUGCAGUUCCGCGUGCAGGGCGAGAGCGUUUGGGUGGCAUUGCCCCUGAAGCACCGCCGCCAGCGCCGCGUGAGAUGCCGCCGCCGUCCAAUCCACCGAGUCGGAAGACGCAGCGGCAAACGGGCUACAGUGCUGCUACGCUGAGGGUCUCGGGAAGGGCACCUUACUCCGAUCAGAUGAAGUUGCCCAUGGUGUUGCGAAUGAAAACACAGGUCCCGGAAGAGGAUAUGGGCAAUCCGACGAUUGAGGACCUUAUUCGCAUGUGCCACGCGCCGCAUACGCUUCCUGUCGUCAGGAAGAGAGCUGCCAACAUCAUUAUUGCGAUGGGCGCCAACCCUGAUGAUGACACCAAUAUGAAGGCGGUUCGCGUGGAGGCACCUCCGCCAAUGCUCAGGCGCCCCGCAGUGAUAAGUGGACACCGUCGAUUACGCGACCGGUUAAGCCGAGGACGUGGAAACAUUCGUCAUCACGUUGACAAAGAGUUGGAAAAGUACCGAGGUGUUGCCAAUAUGGACUUAGCGGCAAAAGCAUAUGUUACUUUACAGCCAAUGUCUCCGUCUGUGUCUGUGCGCAUAACAGAAGUAGCAGCAGUCGAAGUUGCAAAAGUCGGUCGAGACAUCUGGGCCAAGGCAGACAGCCUUGCGGGCACGGGUCGGAUGGCUGGCUUGGUGUCGGUGAGCGGCGGCAGGCGCAGAUUCGACAACCCCAAAGCUAGGAGCGUGCGAGACGCUGUCGGAGCGGUGCGCGUCCGGUACGCGUCCCACCCCUUGCUGGGCAUUGCAUCACUUUUACUGGGCAGGCAAUGGUCUCCGGAUCAAGCCGAGAUUUUGCGGAAAGAGCGCGAGGUUUUCAAAGCAGCUUACCUGGAACAGCUGGGACCGAGGAAAGCUGGUCUUGCCGACGAGGAGGCAUGGCCUGGCAAUGCUGCGGUGCGUGAGUGCGUGCAUGCUGUCAGAUGCCCGCCGAAUGCAGACCGCUUUCACGUUGUGGUAGCCCGGAUUACCAACGGCAAAGUGCAAGGUGUUGGCAUGUCAAGAGCUCGUGGCACCGCAGGCAAGGACUUUGCACAGAAAGAAUUCGUGGCUCGCGGUACGCAUGACCGAGACCAGCACACUAAGGCUGAGCAGACGAACCAACGCCAGCUGGGUUCGCGCACGGACAAGUCAGACAUGAGAUGUGAGAGGGAGGCCUGUGGGAGACGUGAUGCUUGGGAGGCAGAGGCCCGAUCUCUGUCGCUGGCUGGUGCGCUCCACGUCGAGGACGCGAGCAAUGCGAACACUAGCAGUCAUGAGCAAGACAAAUCCCAGCAUAGGAAAAUCCACAACAAAGAUCUCGUCGUGGACAUGACUUUCAUGGAGGCAGAACAGGCACAUCGAGUAGACAACCUGGAAGACAUGGAAGACUUCGUCGCCCGCAAUUGCUUCUGA